AAAACGCUUCCGGCUUCCUAUUUCCGGCCAAGGAAAGUGACGUCGAUUGAUCACGCCUCCCCUGGGCGCGCAGCUGGUGACGCAAUCCUUGCCAGAUACGGGUGGGCCCAGGUGAACUCGGCUUUGGGCGAAGAGGGAUCCGGCCGGAAAUGGGCAUGGAGUCGCCCCCGCCAACCAUGAUCGAGGGCCUCGGAGAUGAAGUGACAGUGGCAGUCGGUCUGUUCACCCUACUCCUGGCCAUCAUGUUGGCAUGGCUUUCUACCUACGUCGCUGAGGGAACUGACCCCCUUUUAGGAAGCUUAAUGCCGGCCGGGCGCAGGGACCCUCUCCUGGUACUCAGUAAUCCGGUACCUGCCAAUCCCGAACCACAGCGGCCCGUGGAAGCCCAAGCUGAGAAACCAGAAGAAGGAGAGCAGGAUCCUGGCGGAGAGCAGGAGGCUGGCAGUGAAAGUGCUAACCUGGACCAGAUGCUGGAUAUUCAGGGGGUGCCCAAGCGCAGCCAGGCUGUGGGGUCCCUGGGAGAGGAGGAGGGCACAGAGCGGGAUGUGGCACAGGAGGAGGAUAAACAGGCAGAGAAGCCUCUAGUUGUGGGUAGGAAGAUAGAGCAAGAAGAGACUAAGCCACUUGCAAAAGAAGAGGUGAAUCAGGAGCAGACUCAGCCUGAAGAAGGACUCAUGACAGUCAGGCUGAAGUUCCUGAAUGAAACAGAGGAGGUGGCUAUGGUCAGGCCUAACGACACCAUCGGGAUGUUAAAAAGCAAACACUUCCCCGGCCAAGAGCAACAAAUGAAGCUGAUUUUCCAGGGACAGCUCCUCCGCGACUCUUCGCAGACCCUGUGCUCGCUUCAUAUCACAGACAACUGUGUUAUCCACUGCCACCGCUCUCAAGCCACCACCCCAGCCUCCUCUUCAAGCCCAGAGUCCGGAGGCAGCUCCCAAGAGCACACCGGCCUCACGCCCCCUAUUGGGAACCUGAUGAUCCCUGUCUUUGUGGUCAUGUUAGCAUUAAUCUGGUACUUCCGAAUCAAUUACCGCCAGUUCUUUACUGCGCCUGCAACUGUCUCAUUGGUCGGAGUUACUGUAUUUUUCAGUUUUUUGGUCUUUGGCAUGUACGGACGAUAAGAGACGGAGAAGCAUGAGCUAUAAGGGAAGGGUUGUGGAUGCCGAAACAUAGGUCUGGUGUAUUGCUGAAAAAGAUGUAUGCUGCUUCAGCUAACCAAUAAUUUGUGGUCUUAUAUCGCAGGGUUCUCUGACACUGAUUUGGAUAAACUAAUCCUAUGAUCAACCCGUACCCCCCCCCCCCCACAGAAAUUUAGAUUGAAUAAAUAGAGAUGGUUUCUCAAUAAGAAUCCUGUUUGCACAGUAUGUUCCAGAGAUUAUCAGAGCACCCACGGCAGGAUUUAUUAAGCAUUUUAGCCAAACUGGCUAAAAACGGAUAGGUUAGAGAUCACGAAAUAGUUUAUGACCUGACUGAAGAUCAGCAUCAAUUACCCAACAGCCACCGCAGAGAUUGUCAGGGAAUCCUAUAAUCGACAUAAUUCUGUAUUUUGGUAUCGCUUUUGAGAAUAUAACAUGCCUUAAUUUCAUGGCAAGCUGAUUUCGGGGGGUUCUAAUAAAUAUAAAGAGAGUGUAGAUAUCCAAGUGCAGAUGUACAGCACGUUCGACCGUUAAAAAAUGUUUGAUUGUAGGAGAGCACGGAAUCUUGUCUGGGUGCACCAAAGCCGUUUAAGUGACGGGGGCGGGUGGGUUUAAAGUGUAAAAUGUUGUGUCCAGUUAUGUCUAAAAUGGACUUCUUCCAUUCGGUACUAAGGGAUCCAUCGGCCACGACCAAAGCUCAGUGCUAGGGAUGAGAAAAACUGACACAUUUCGCUUUUCCGUAAAAAGUUGAGAAACCAGUAUACCCGUUGGGAGGCUACGGAAGUCACUAAGCAUGGACAGAAACGAGGAACCAAAUGGGCCUGGUCAUACACAGGUUUAGGCAGGGGAUAUUCCGAUGGGUUGGGAUUGUACUGACUCAUCCAGGAACUAUAUGCGAAGGAGUUCAUCUAGACGCGGGGAUGGCAGUUGCGUCAGUCUUGAUGCAGGCCCAUCUGAUGCGUCAUCCCUACUCAGCAUUAGCCUUGGCAUUGCCAUCCAAAGAGGCUACUAGAAUGGAAGACUUGCCCCUUGCCUCUACGUUUGCACAAUAGAAAAAGAGACGUUUGCCCAGCAAUGCUUUCUUGGCGAAGCAUCGGGAUCUGUAUAUCUUGCAGACUUUUCCACAGGGUUGUAUAAUUGCUGCAUCCUUUGGGCUGAACAUUGUCGUCGACUAUUCUGGUUUGAAAAGGAGAAGUUUAUCCCUGCCCUCGGGAUGACUCUCCGUAUCCAAUAGUAUCUGUGUUUCAAAAGGAAAUAAAAGCUUUUACUGUCCUCUAA